AUGUUCGAGGAAAUGAAAAAAUUCCUGAAGGGCAAAGACCCUUUAUUCUACUAAGAAUUAAAUAACAUUGAGGAGGGCCAAAACGAAUUUUCCCCAAGCAAAGAGGAAUAAGAGGAAAAUGAAAGACAACUUAAAAUUAUUGCCAAGUAUCGAUAGACUGAUGCCUACAAAAGACUAUUAAAGAGAUAAGGUUAAGCAGUUAGAAGGAUUGAAAGAAUUAAGGAGAAUUUUGAGAAGAAGAGAAUGUAAGUUGGAAUGCUGGCAGUGAAUACUAAGGGGAAUAUGGGAAGUCAAAUCGACAAUAAUGCAGAUCAUCAGAGAUUUAAUGACUUUGAAGAAGUAUUGUAUGAAGAAAGAAUAAUUGAGGAAAAUUGUGAAACAGAUAGAGAAUAAAAAGAUGGAUCUGUUACGAAAAAUGAAGAAAGUGAUUUAAAGAAGUAUGAUAAUGGAAGUAGACCAAGUUUGAGACAGGUAUUGAGUUCAUAGACUCCUCUUUCGUAUCAAGUAAUCAUGGAAGAGAGAUCGAGCAUUGCCAGUAUUUAAGUAACAAACAAUGAUAAAAGUGAAAUGAAAUCCAAUUUAGAUAAAAUGAAGGAUUAUCAAAAAGUUCAGCCAUAUAUGAAGACUUAGGUUAACUACUUUAAGAGGUCAAAUCCUAACCGAAAAAAUAAUUCUUAGGGUAAAAGACUUAAAUCUCUCAAUAAAAAUAGCUAGUUUAACCAACCAGAUAACUUAAGCUUGAAUUUCUCUCAAGUUUAUGAAAGCUAGCAUAACAUGUCUAAUGAUAGUCCAAAGCCUAUGAUGAUCCCUAACCAGAAAUCGAUGUUGAAUUAAGAUAUGUAGUACGUAACAGGUAUUUAGGUAUACUAAACGGAAAUCCUUAAGAAUAAGAGUCUCCUUAAAUCAGAGUAAAAGUCCUUUUAUUAGCCUUCAAUACUUCAAAAUUAGCCAAUCAAUCAAAACUUUUAGAGCUAAAUUAGAACUUCUAAGAGUAGAGGAACGGCCCUAAUUAAUGAUCAAAGUUCUACUUAAUCUAAACUUCAUCCUUCAUCAGUUAAAUCAAACAAAAGACCAUAUACAACGGCUAAUGGUAAAAAAUACAAGUAGGAUGAACCAGGAAAUGAUAGAAUAUUACUAUAGAAUAAUACAUACUACAGUGAGGUCUUUAAAAAGAGUCAGAAUUCAAACAGAUCACAUUCAGGACAAAUCAACUAAUUAAAGCCUACUGAAGGUCCUCAUUUUUAGAGAAAUAAUUAACUACCCAAAAUGAUGACUUAGUCUAAAGAAAAUCUCAAGCAAGCUCUUAACUAAGAGUAAUAAAACAUUUAGAACAGCACUGUAAAAGAAUUAGAUGAGGAGUAAUAAGACUCCAGAUAUUAAUCUAAGAAGUAAACAAUAAACUCUGGAGAUGCAAAUAACUCCAGUAACAUCAUUAACAACAGUAGAUCCUAUGCAUAGGAUGAUAAAUUAAUCAGAAAUGUAAACUCUUAUAACCCAAAGUAAAAUGCUUCGUUUAAUUUAAGCAGAGGCGAUAAAAGAUUCUCAGAAAAAAAAUAUCUAAGUGCUCAGAGAAUUUAGAAAGAUAGUAGCGAUAUAUUCUAAAAAUUUGGAGUAUUUAGUGAUUAAGGUUUGAAUCAGAGUGAUAUAUCAAAAUCAAAUUAGGUUAAUGGAUUUAAGAAUCCAGUUUAAAGCUAUAAUUUUAAGAAAAAUCUCAUUGUCCAAAACAUCAAAUCUAAGGACUAUUGGCCUGAAAGUAUCAAGCAUCCAAAUUAAUACAGAGAGUUUUAUUGGGCUCCUGAUCUUAGUUUUUGUGGUUUUGCGACUAAUAAUAAUAUUAAUAGAUCUAAUAAGAAUCUUGAAAGCAAACAGUAAACUAGUUAAAUCUAGAGAAGACAAAGAACAUAAUAGAGAUUGUUUAGAAUUAAACAAACAGAUAUUGUCAAUCAUAAUUAGGACAGAGCUAGUGAUAUUUAAAGUCAAGAAGAUUCCAAGCUUUGA